CGUAGGACAUCAAAUCAAAUUUCAUUAAUCAAAACUAACAAGAAUACCAUGACAGGCCGUGGUAAGGGAGGAAAAGGUCUUGGCAAGGGAGGAGCAAAACGUCAUCGUAAAGUGUUGCGAGACAACAUUCAAGGAAUUACCAAACCAGCCAUCCGUCGGUUAGCUCGCCGUGGAGGUGUGAAACGUAUUUCUGGCCUUAUUUACGAAGAAACUCGCGGAGUGUUGAAGGUGUUUCUGGAAAACGUAAUUCGUGACGCCGUCACCUACACUGAACACGCAAAGAGGAAAACUGUUACCGCCAUGGAUGUGGUCUACGCACUGAAGAGGCAAGGACGUACCCUUUACGGUUUUGGAGGUUAAUCAAAUCACCAACAAUUGUCGU